GCAUUCGGGCGCUGUGUGUGUGUGAAAUAAAUGAAUCUCUAUCUCAUAAAGAGAAAGCUGAAGGAGUCUCUGAGUGGUGGUGGGUGGUGGGAAGAGAGAGAUUACAUUGUGUGGGGGUGCGAGUCGGCACUGGGCAAGUUUAGCAUUGAGGAGCACGCUGUUGCUGAUGGAGGGAUGCAGCCCCGUGUCCUUUUCUCGCUGGUCUUCAUGCUGAUGCUCGUCCUGAUGACAGGAAGCUUGGAUGCUGGAAGGACCAAGAAAGAGAAAGGAAAGAAAUCCAACUCUGCCUGCAAGGAGUGGGAGUGGGGAGCGUGCGAGCCAGCAUCAGGUGACUGUGGCACUGGCCUGCGUGAGGGAACCUGCAAGGAGAACGAUGACACCAAGACUGUGAAGUGCAAGGUGCCCUGUAACUGGAAGAAACAAUUUGGAAGUGACUGCAAGUACAAGUUUGGAAACUGGGGAGAAUGUGACACCGAGACUGGCCUCAAGACUCGCAAUGGCACUCUAAAGAAGGCUCUGUUCAACGCGGAGUGUGAGCAGUCGGUGAAGGUCACAAAGUCCUGUGAUAAGUCCAAGACAAAAUCAAAAGGUAAGAAGGGAAGGAAGGCGAUGUGAAGAACUUCCUAGAAAUUUGACAGUAUAACCCACCUUUUGUUGAUCUGAACUGCAGCACAAUCUAUACAGCCACCCCUCACCAAAAUACCUUUAACCAAGCUUUGUUGUAAUCCUUUAAUCUGUAGAAUUUAAUGUAAAGGAACAACCUUUUUAAAUGGUUGCUUUUUUUCUCGUCUCAUCGCUUAUAAACUUGAGACUUUGGCGUGUGUACAGUACAUUUCCGCAACAGUAUAAUUUCAAUGUAGAAUGCCUUACAAAUCUUUAGGAUUGUAGUAGUUUUUACAGUGUAUCAAUUGUCCUUCUAAAUCCCAUUCAAAAUUAUUUUUAGUUUCUCGAUGUGUUCUUUGCAGAAUUUUAGAGCUUUCGUUUUCUGACCUUGGCGUCUCAAUGCAUCAAGUAUAUUCCUUUUGUAAAAAAAAAACCUAACUCUCUUUUAGAAAAAUGUUAAAGCAGUUAGUGAUGUGAUCAGAAAUGGCCACUUUGCUAAACCGCCAUUGUUGCGUUCUUGACAAUGCAUGAUAUUGACACAUUAAGAUCCCUAAUAACGCCACACAACUAAAUCAGAAAACUUUUUUUUUUAAAGCUGUGAAUUGGAGAUUUGGAAGGCAUAAAAUAGCUCAUGAAAAAUAAUACAUUUCCUAUCCUAAAUGUUUGCCAUUCAUUGAGCAGAUCUUUGAUGAGAGGUUUUUUUCAAUAAAAUCUUUUUAUAAACAUA